AUGGCUCCCGCUCACCGUCGUGGACCCUGGGUCCCUGAAGAAGAUCAGUUGCUCUUGCAACUUGUUCGUGAACAAGGCCCUAACAACUGGGUCCGCAUCUCUCAGCACAUGCACUACCGCUCGCCUAAGCAAUGUCGGGAACGCUUCCACCAGAACCUUAAGCCCUCCUUGAACCGGGAACCCAUUUCGGCCGACGAGGGUCUUAUGAUUGAACGCAUGGUCAACGAGAUGGGCAAGCGUUGGGCUGAGAUCGCUCGCCGCCUCGGUAACCGCAGUGACAACGCCGUUAAGAAUUGGUGGAAUGGCAGCAUGAACCGCAAGCGCCGCGGUAUCUCGUCCCCAACUAUCUCGCGCACAUUUACUGGCCGCAUCGAGGCUCCCUACGCUCGUGCGUCCGUGGUCAGCCCAACUCGCCCUCGCUUUAGCACCCGCCCUUGGGCCGACUCCGACUCUGGCAGUGAGGAGGCCUACUCCCACUCCCGCCGGGAGUCUUUGGCCACCACCCGCCACCUCUCUCCCAUCUAUACACUUCCCUCUAUCAACCGACCCAUCGAGACCCCCUUGACAUCGCCUGCCUUCUCAGAUAUCUCCAAUGCUACCUCAACCGAACCCCCUUCCAUGGUUUCCGAUCACAACUCCGUCUGCUCCUCGUCACCUCGCACCCUUCCUUCCCCACAACUACUCCCCUUACCUGUGGAUCUGCGUUCGCAGUAUGACGUUCGCCGUCCUAGCGUGGCUUCAGUUCAUGUCGUCGAUGACUCGCCGCAAAGCUACCCCGCACACUCCCUCGAGUCUCUCUCCGACCUGGCCUCAAAACGCCGCUGGAUGGAGCACCAGCCUACCCUGGCUUCAUGGCAUCAGCCGGCAGAGCCCGCCCGUGAUACCCGAAUGGGAGUCAACAACCUCCUCAACUAG